AUGUUUUUCGUAUUUUUAUGCUCUGAAGGUAUUUUUAUAAGUUUUUCAAAAAGGUUGUGUUGAUUGGUGAGGUGGUCAUGAAGUUAUGAUGUUAUCCAUGACAUCAAGCAGAAAAAUAUUUUAAAAUUAGUAUUUUUUUAUUUAUUCGUCUUUUUUUGCUGUUUUAUUAUACGUUCUACAAAAAACUAAGACAAAAAUAAUAAACCUUAUUUUUAGGAGCAUCUCCAGACCGUGCAGCUCACCAAGUACCUCAAGAGCCGCCUCGAACUGUUGCCAAGAAAGCCUGUAGUGAUCAGUCGGAAUGUCAUCGGUUUGGUCGAUGUAUAAUUGUUGACAACAAUGAUCCUACCUUCUAUUGUGCUUGUGCUGAUGGCUACAGAGGUGAUGGAUUCGAAUCGUGCGUUCAGGUUGAUAAUGAAUGUGAUCCAAGGAACGACUACUCUUGUAAUGCUAAUGCCCAGUGCAGAUUGGUGCACAACAAUGAAGCUCAUGCUUAUUUGUGUGAAUGCAACCCUGGUAAGCUUUAAAUACUUUUUUGUUUAAUGAUUUUAGGCAUAUGAGCUGAGGAUUCAACAAUUUUUAACUUUGGCGCGAAAAUUAAAAUUCAAAAUUAUAUCUUGUUUAAAAACCUUAAUAUUAAACCAAAUUUUAGGCUAUAUCAAGCACGGUGAACACUGUGUACCAGAACACACGCCCGUUAUUCCACAACAGCCGCUCGACUUUGAAGAACCACCAGCAGCACCAACAGCUACUCAAUGUUCACAAUGCCAUUCUCAAUCAUACUGUCAUCGUAAUCCGGAUGGUGUAAAUUACGUAUGUGUAUGUAAUGCAGGAUACAUUGGUGAUGGUAAAAGAUGUGACAAAGCCAGGACAUGCGUGGAAGACAGGAAUUUGUGUGGUCCGAAUGCUCAAUGUGUACCUGAUGCUAGAGGUCAAUAUGUAUGUGGCUGUAACUAUGGAUAUCACGGAAAUGGAUAUGUUUGUAAUCGUAAGUUAGCUUUGAUUGUAUUUGUUUGUGUUUAAGUUAUAUAUUGAAGUUUAAUUGAGGAGGUUUAGGGUGGAAUAUUAAUCAUCGGUAAUAUAGUAGAUUGUUAGUAGGAAAAAGGUCAUAACUUUUAUGUUUGGGUGAUUGUAGAUAAGAUUUUGGUUUUAAAAGACGUGGAAGAGUCUGGUUAAAAUCGCUGUAUGUUAGGAUUAGCUGUUUUUAUGUCUUACAGGGUUUUGAGGCUUUAUUUUAAGUCAUGGUUAAUAUAAAAAUCAUUAUGAAUGGAUGACAAAAGGGAAAACUUAUAUAUUUUGACUUAUUGCUUGUAUGGUGUAGACUUGGAUUUUGAAAAAUGUGCUAUAGUUGUGUUAAUGUUAAUGAUAUAAUGAUUUUACAAGUUAGUGUUAUUUGAAAUAGUUAUAGAGCAUUUAAUUUUGUCAUGGGUAAUAUAUAGGAGCUAGUUGGAAAACAUGUUAUAACUUUAAUAUUUUGAUGAAUAUAAACACGGUUUUUGGUUUUAAUAAAGCAGAAUUGUCUUCUUUGCAUUUUUAUUAAUUCACUUUUUCAAAUUUCGACUUUAAAAUUUUAAAAAACUACCAACAAUGUAGGUAUAGCAACAAUUUUUAGCGGUAAACGAAGACGAGCCGGGAUCGUUGUUGAUUGCACGCGGAAUGUCGAUUCUGGAAAGAGAAAGUGGAGAACAUUCAGUUGGCCGACAACUUGUCGUUGUUCCACAUCAAGUCGUGGUGGAUAUUGAGUUUGAUUGUGUCACACAACGAAUCUUUUGGUCUGACAUUGGUGGAGCUACAAUCAAGUCAGCAUGGGUGAAUGGAACUGAUGUUCAGACUGUUUUUAAGGUAAGCAUGGUAUUUUUUAGGUUUGGGCUUAUAACAAUAUAUACCAUUGAUUAAAAAGAAAAAAAUAUAAAAUUUGUUACCUAAAAAUUUUAAAAAUUUUAUUUUUGUUUUUAGGCUGACUUAAAGUCUCCAGAAGGUGUAGCAAUUGACUGGACGGCCAGAAACAUCUACUACGCCGAUUCAAUGAAGGACGAGAUUGGAAUAAUCACUCUAGAUGGCAAAUACCAAAAGACCUUGAUCACAGAAGGCCUAGUUAACCCCAGAGCGCUUGCCAUUGACCUAGAACGUCGUCACUUAUACUACUCUGACUGGUACCGUCAAAGACCUCAUAUUGGCCGUCUGAAUCUGGAUGGUACUGAUCAUAGACCAGACUUUAUCAGAGAUGAUAUCUCUCUACCUAAUGGACUUACGGUGCUCAGUAAACGACGAGAAUUGUGCUUUGUUGAUGCUGGAAAACAGAUACUGGCUUGUACGAACCUGGAAGGCCAAAACAGAAGAGUCGUAUAUGCACCAUUGGAGUAUCCAUUCGGAUUGACUCAUGAUAACGAAGAGACCUUCUACUGGACUGAUUGGAAAGAGUAGGUUUAAUGUUUAGAUUUUGUUUUUGGAAAAAGAAUUUAAAUUUUGAUUUUCAAUAUUAAUAUCUUCAUUUUUAGCCAUCAAAUCCACUCGAUAGACGUAUACGGCAACAACAAACGCAGUUUCAUUCCAAGCGCCGCAGGCAAAGGCAAAUUGUAUGGUAUUCACAACUUGAAUGUUCAUUGUCAAGGCAGUAAGUUUAAUUAAAAAAAAUUUUUCUGUUAUUUGAAUACUUAGGUGAACUAUUACGUGGCUCAACUAAUUGUGUGCUCCCUCUCAAAGCAAAUUUUUGAAUUAAGGGGCGCAGAAUUAGUUGAACAACCUUAUAUUUACCACUAGAUUAUUCACGGCCGCUAGAACGGACAUAACUUGAAAUUUGGAAAAUAUUUUUGAAUAAAAGUUUCACUUUGAAGUAAUAUAAAUCUAAUUUGUCUCUUUUCAGAAGCCAAUGAAUGCACAAACCUGCAAAACAAAGAGAACUGCCAUAUUUGCAUACCCACUCAGCAUGGUGCCACUUGUGCUUGCCCAGACAAUGUAAAGGAUGUGCAAUGUUAGAGGUGGAAUAACAAUAAGAUUUCAAUUGACUUAUAGCAAGAAUCCUGCCAUUUUUUAUUAUUCUUUUAUCAUUUUAUAACAAUUUUAAUAUCAUUUAGUCUUUUUAUUAUAAUAAAUAUUAAACUUGAUGAAAUAGUAAUUUAUAUUAACUUAUAGAAAAUAUAUUAUGUAUUAUUAUAUUUACAAGGUGAUUUGUAUUCAUAUUCAUUUUUAUUGAAUUUUACUUGGUGUUUUGUCAUUUUGAGAGGUAUUUUAGGCUUAAAAAAGGUGGUUGAUCCGUAUUUUUACGAUUUUACUCCUGUUUUCUAAACUAUCUAAACUAUUUAUUCCGUUUUUCAAUAUAUAAGACGUGAGGGAAGAUGAUGAGGGGGUGGUGAAGACCGUCAGAGCAAUCCGUUGUAGCUGUUCCCAAUUACUCCUGUAAAAGCUAAAAAAUGAAUAAUUCGUUGCUAAUAUAUCAAAGUUAAUUUUAUUUCAAACAUGUAAUAUUAUAUACUUUUUUAUUAUCGCCCUUUUUUUGUGCAGUAAACACUUUACAAACCCUUCAAAGAGACACUUGACUAAUUUGAGUCAACUCUUUUUCUUAAUAAAAAAAUAAAUAAUUGACCAGCUUUUCGACUCAAAAUAGGCAGAGUAUUCGUUGAAUUUAAGCUUUUUUUGUCUAUUUUCGUUGAGAUUGAUUUCAUUUUUAGUGGUAUAUUAUUGUAUACUUAUUUUCUCUAUUUCAGCCGCAACUUAUUGGUGUCAACCUUGACGAGGGGCCAAAAAGUGUCCAGAUUACUACAGCCCAUAAUUCAAUGUCGCCGUCAAGUGAAUCAAGGAGGAGUUCUCGAACAGUUGCGCCCAGAAUUCAUCCGACGCCAAGCACGAUAUCCAGAAACGUGAUCCCAACACUGAAAUUGGCCGUCCUCUCCGAGCUCAACAAGCAGAUCACCAACAAUGCUCCAUAA